CGAGUCUUUUUGUGUAGGUGUACGGACGCGCGACAUUUUACGGAUCAAACGUAGAGCGACAUGGCGACAUUGGGCCGUGAAGAGAAUAAAUCAGAUUUUUGUAGCUACAGCUUUCCUGCUUGCUUCUUUGACAAUUCAAAAGAUGGCUCGCUUAUCUGGUUUACAAAGAGAAGUGCUCAAGCUUUAUAGAAGCAGUAUACGGGUGGUGAAGACUAAACCAGAAGAAACCAGAGAACACUGGAGAAGUUUCAUCAGAGAAGAAUUCCGUAAAAACCAAAAGGUUCCAAAAAAAUCAUUCACAGUAAUUGAACACUUAAUUCGAGUUGGUCAUAAAAGAUAUGAAUUAUAUCUGAAUCCCCAGAUCAAAGAUAUCCAUUAAUUGUAUCAUGCUUUGUUAAUUCUUGUAUAUAUAUUAUAAUGACCCUUUACGACAAAUACUUGCAUUCGAAGCCAAUGAUUCCGCAAAAAAGAAAGGCCCCAAAAAAAU